GGCAUAUCGGAUUGUCAGCAUAGACCUACACGGAAUGGAUUACUCCUUUACACUAUCUUCUGCUCCACCGACGACCCCAAGACAAGACUUCACAUGACGAGGCUCUCCGAAUGGUCUCAUCGACCGGACCGACUCAACCUCGUCUACACACAGUCCAUUCUUCGUAGCUGUUUCCUCCAACUCUUAUCGACAAGUGUUGACCUGCUACAGUGAUCUGGUUCACAGUAUUUCAAGAAGACCGAACAUUCCCAAUCUGGGUCAAUUGCAAAAACAUGGCAAACCUCCGUGCAAGCACCAAGGUCAUCGUGGUCGGAGGAGGUGGUACUAUGGGCUCGUCCACCGCGCUGCACUUGCUUCGGUCCGGGUAUACUCCUUCCAACAUCACCGUCCUGGAUGUAUAUCCCAUUCCAUCGGCGCAGUCGGCGGGACAUGAUUUGAAUAAGAUCAUGAGUAUUCGACUGCGAAAUUCACCAGAUUUGCAAUUGUCUCUGGAGGCACUGGAUAUGUGGAAGAAUGAUCCUCUGUUUAAGUCAUUCUUUCACCAAGUCGGCAUGAUUGACUGCUCGUCAUCAGAGGAUGGAAUUGCGAGUCUUCGACGAAAGUACCAGUCGUUGCUCGAUGCGGGUAUUGGCCUGGAAAAAACCAAUUUCUGGCUGGAUAGCGAGGAAGAAAUUCUGGAAAAAGCACCCCAUUUUACUCGGGAGCAGAUCAAGGGAUGGAAGGGUGUCUUUUGCGGUGAUGGCGGCUGGCUAGCUGCGGCAAAAGCCAUCAAUGCUAUUGGAGAGUUUCUCCGUCAAGAAGGAGUCAAUUUUGGAUUCGGCGGAGCUGGGACCUUCAAACGACCGUUGUUUGGAGCAGAUGGAUUUACCUGCGUCGGCGUGGAGACCACCGACGGGACCCAAUAUUUCGCAGAUAAAAUCGUGUUGGCAGCAGGCGCUUGGAGUCCAACAUUGAUUGAUUUGGAGGGCCAGUGUGUAUCAAAGGCCUGGGUCUUUGCCCAUAUCCAACUCACAUCACAAGAAGCUGCAGAGUACAAGAAUGCACCUGUCGUAUAUGAUGGAGAAUACGGCUUUUUCUUCGAACCAAACGAACACGGAGUGAUCAAAGUCUGCGACGAAUUCCCUGGUUUCUCUCGCUUCAAAUUGCAUCAGCCAUACGGAGCCAGCUCUCCAAAGCUGAUAUCUGUCCCGCGGUCUCAUGCUAAACAUCCCACAGAUACAUAUCCUGAUGCCUCUGAAAAGACCAUUCGAAAAGCCAUCGCGAGAUUCCUUCCUCGAUUCAUGAAUACAGAACUGUUCAACCGGAGCAUGUGCUGGUGCACAGAUACCGUGGAUGCCAACCUGCUAAUUUGCGAGCACCCGCGAUGGAAGAACUUGAUUUUGGCCACGGGAGAUAGUGGACAUAGUUUCAAGCUUCUACCGAACAUCGGCAAGCACAUCGUCGAAGUACUCGAAGGGUCUCUGUCACAAGAACUGGCGAAGGAGUGGAGGUGGAGACCUGGCGGUGAUGCUCUCAAGUCUCGACGGGCUGCUCCCGCCAAAGAUCUCGCAGAUAUGCCAGGCUGGAAUCAUGAUGCCAAGUUAUGA